CUUGACACGCUCCAUUUGCAUUUUGCUUCUCUUCCUCCUCCAUACAAAAGUACAAAUUAAAACCAGGAGAGGGAGGACUCGAUUGCCUCCGGGGGGGCAUUCUUUCUUUUCUUAAUUGGUCAGAUCAAUCAAUACAUAUCAUGGGGGGAAAAUGCAGAGUGUGGUGGAGACUCAUUUGCAAAUUAGUAGUACAUCUUUAUCUGUGCCUUGCUGCUUGUUUCUUCUCACAUUGUGGUGAGUACCACGAACAUGCAAGAAGAGCAGCAGCUCAUGAUGUAUUAGUCAGGGCUUCUACGCACAAUUCAGGAGAGAUUGGACCUCCAAAUCCCCCAAAAGCCAAAAAUAUGAACGGAUUGAUGGAGAUUCUGGUGGACAUGGUCAGGCCUUUGGAUGAAUCUUCUUCAAAUACGCAGCCUUACGGGAAAGGGGUGAGUUCCCCAUUCUCAUUGCCGCCAUAUGAUUCCCUGGCUCCCAUUCCUCUCCUCGAAAACACUCCUCCAUUUUGCGUGAAUCCGCCGCCAUUCACUCCCCAGCUGCCCCCGCCCUCUCCAACGACCCUCCCCAUGCAGCCGCCGCCGACGCCACCCUCCUCCUCUUACUCCCCAUCAUUCCCAUUCCCCAACCCAAGCCCACCCCCAAGCCCAGUUGGGACGGCAGUCCCUAGCCCGCCAGAAUCAUCCAUAUAUCCAACUCCUCCCUCGACUCCUAGUAUCGCAGUCCCUAGCCCGCCAGAAUCAUCUAUAUAUCCAACUCCUCCCUUGACUCCGGAGACGCCUAGUAUCGCAGCUCCAAGCCCCCCGGAGACGUAUGUUCCCAGUCCAUCUGUAUUUGUUCCAAGCCCGCCACCGCCUUCAGCGCCAUAUUAUUCUCCGCCCAGCCCACCAAUCGGUUACGUCCCAAACCCACCUGGUAGCGCCGGAGGAGGAGGAGGAGGAGGAUUUGUCCCCCCCAGCAGCCCCCGAGUUUACCAGCCACCCAACGUCUACCCAUCCCCGCUGGUGCCGCCACCUUCUCCGCUUACAGAACCCGCGUCGGCCCUUUGGUGCGUGGCAAAGCCAUCUGUGCCAGGGCCAAUCAUCCAGGAGGCCAUGAACUACGCAUGCGCGUCGGGAGCAGAAUGCGAUCAGAUCCAGCCCAGCGGGUCGUGCUUUGAGCCCGACACGUUGGUGGCCCAUGCAUCCUACGCCUUCAAUAGCUAUUGGCAGAGAACUAAGGUAGCGGGAGGGACCUGUGAAUUCGGGGGGACUGCAAUGCUGGUCACCGUGGAUCCAAGCUAUGAUGGGUGCCAUUUUAUUUACUUCUGACUGGAGCGGAGAUGGCAAAAAGAGCUAGGAGGCUAUAAAGGAUGCUGCCGUAUAAGCCCCAAAAAAAAAAGGGCAGAGGAAAACAGAAGCAAAAGGAAAACCCGUUUACCAGCUCUAGACCGUAGUAGCCCCUUUGUUUUUAGCCGCACCAAAUUUUGUACCAUAUGCAAAGGAGUAAAGUACAAAAUGUGACGCAUGAAUUGAAUUUUUUGUUAGGAUUUCCCCGCAUCCAGGGGGUUAGUUUAGUUUUGCAAGGACAGGACAGCACAUACUAUACUUUGUUGUAUUGUUCAAGGACAACAGUUGUAUUAAGUAAUAACAACAGGUCACAGUUUUCUUCUCUUGCA